CCAUCACCUGCAGGGCUCCCCAGGCCAUUCCCAACGGGAAGGUGGUGGGCUCGGAUUUCAGCUGGGGCUCCAGCGUCAGCUACGCCUGCCUCGAGGGUUACCAGCUGUCCCUGCCCGCCGUGCUCACCUGCGAGGGCAACGGCUCCUGGAGCGGGGAGAUCCCGCAGUGCUUCCCCGUGUUCUGUGGAGACCCCGGGACGCCGGCCCAGGGCAGGAGGGAGGACAGAGGCUUCACCUACCGCUCCUCCGUGUCCUUCUCCUGCCUGGCGCCGCUGGUGCUCGUGGGCUCGGCGCGGAGGUUCUGCCAGUCCGACGGCACCUGGAGCGGGACGCAGCCCAGCUGCAUCGAUCCCAGCCUCACCACGUGCGCGGAUCCCGGCGUGCCUCUCUUUGGGAUGCAGAACAAUUCCCAGGGAUACCAGGUGGGAAGCAUCCUGUUCUUCAGGUGCCAGAAGGGAUAUCUCCUGCAGGGCUCCACCACCAGGACCUGCCUGCCCAACCUGACCUGGAGCGGCGUCCAGCCCGACUGCGUCCCCCACCACUGCAAGCAGCCCGAGACCCCUCCCCACGCCAACGUGGGCGCCCUGGACCUGCCCUCGCUGGGCUACACCUUGAUCUACUCCUGCCAGAGCGGCUUCUACCUCACCGGGGGCUCCGAGCACCGCACCUGCAAGGCCGACGGCAGCUGGACGGGGAAGCCCCCCAUCUGCCUGGCCGACGUCCGUCCCAGCGGGAGGCCCGUGGGCACGGCGCGGGAGCCGCCGCUGGCCAAGGUCUCAGUGCCCGCGGACGUCUUCGCGAGGAAUUCCCUGUGGAAAGGCUCCUACGAGUACAUGGGGAAGAAGCAGCCGGCCAUGCUGUCUGUCACCAGCUUCGACCCUGCCACCAGCAAGGUCAACGCCACCUUGAUCGACCACAGCGGGGUGGAGCUGCAGGUGUCCGGGAUUUACAAGAAGGAAGACGUGCACCUGCUGCUCCAGGUGUACCAGAUCAUGGGGCCGCUGGAGAUCUUUGCCACCAAGUUCAGGAACGACAAAUGGGCUCUGGAUGGGCACGUCUCGUCGGAGUCCUCCAGUGGCACCUUCGUCUACCAGGGCUUUGUGCGUGGCAAAGGCUUCGGGCAGUUUGGCCUGCAGAGACUUGACAUCAGCAUGAUGGAGAACGAUCCCGAAUCCAUCGGCCACCACUUUGCCUCCAACAGCAGCUCCGUGGCGGCCGCCAUCCUUGUGCCUUUCAUCGCCCUGAUUAUUGCAGGGUUUGUGCUUUAUCUCUACAAACACAGGAGGAGACCCAAAGUCCCGUUCAACGGCUACGCCGGCCACGAGAACACCAACGUGCGGGGCACCUUCGAGAACCCCAUGUACGACCGCAGCCUGCAGCCCUCGGACAUCGUGGGCGGAGAGGCCGAGUUCACCGUCAGCACCGUGUGCACGGCCGUAUAGCGCUGUGCCGGCGAUUUCCCGGGGUCGGUGUCCAGUGGAUGAUUGUCCCACCUCACCAUCCGUCCGUCCAUCCAUCCAUCCAUCCAUCCAUCCAUCCCCACCUCCCUGCUCCACCCCUGCCGAGGCUGCGGGGAAGCUGCCGCGCCUCCCC